CUCUUCCCCCUCUCUUUCGGGGAAAUCUUGAUGAUUUCCGUCAUGACUUAGACGGCCCUAGUGGCCAUGCAUAUCCUAUAUUUCUGAUAUCCGAUUUUAAGUUCAUGUCAUUGUUUGUGUGUUAUCACGGCCUCCUCGAUCGUAGUGAGUGGACUCGCCAAAAAGGGCUUUAACGGAAAGCGGUUGAGAUUCGGAGAUGGCGUCGAGUGGCCUGCCAUCGGGGGCCUUCUUGACCACUCUUCGAGGCCGACGAUGCACCGCCAUCCCGAAGGCGGCGGUCGCGAUAACGGGUGGGCAGAGUAUUACCUUGGAGACCACGAUAUCCGACUCAGUCAGCACCGCCCUGGUGGCCACAGCAACCAGUUCAGCCAUAACAGCAGCCAGGCCGACGACGGGUUUGGCAGCAGCGCCAGCGGAGGAUGCGGAUGCAAGUACCGCGGUCGCGGAACAGAGCUCAACGAGUACGACGACUCCCUCCUUGGCCAUUACCACGAGCAUUAGCCCUGGCCCUGUGGCAGUCACGCAGGCUCAGGACGGUGACGUGGGCCCUUCGACGCGCCCGUCCACAACCUUCCUAACCCUCGUGGGCGUGACAUCUUCACAAGCGUCUGUUACACAGAGCAGUCAAGCUGAUAGCAACGUAACAGUACCCACUGCGGACACGUUAUCUAGCUCACCCACUGCAGAUACAUUAGCAACUUCUUCACAAGCACGCCCUGCGGACACUACUUCUCUGCUGCCCGAGGGCCCAGCAGCCAACCCGCUUCUCAGCACCAUUACGGUACCGCAAACACCAACCGACAGCGUCGUUGCCGAAGUCACAGGCGCGACAUCGGUUACUCCGACCCCGGAUUCGGCCUCCGCGCUAGACAACAAUGCGGUGCAGUCGACUGUGGCCGUGGCUGGCGCUGUCAUUGGCGGUGUCGUUGCUAUCAGUGUUUUAGCAUUCCUCAUUUGGUGGUGGAGGCGCCGGUUGCAGAGGAAGCGGAGGAGCACCCUUUUGACGCCACUUGAUGUGGGCUCGUCCUCCGACCGCGACGAGAAGGGCGGUUAUGUUAUCUCUAGGGGGAGCAUUGGCCCGACACCAGUGACGGAGAAGGUCAAGGCUGCCCUGGGCCAGAAGUUCAAAAGGAUUCGAGGCCAUAUCAGGAACAAGACAGCACCUUCCGUGGAUCUGGAUCGUGGUGCUUCUCAGUUUAUUGACCAGGUCAGCGCCGGUCGCGACAACUCCAGCAGCAUGUGGGCGAGGCUGGCGAGCAAGGACCGCCUCAACGAUUGGUGGUCAGAACUCGCUGGAAGCCUAAAGUUCGCCCGGCGCAACAAAAGCACUCAGGCCCGGACUUCGACGGUCAUACAGAAGAAUGCCGCAGUGAGCUCUCAGCCCGACUUCCUGACACUCCUGAAGAUGGGAGACCCAAAGCGCGACCACGAAGACCAGCGGCGCCGUGCCAGCAUGGCUCGCUUGAACGGCAGCACCAGCUCAGCGGACAACUUCCUGGGUGGCCUCGAUCUCGAUAUCAGCAACAGCCAGAGCGACGACCCCUUCAGCGAUGCCAACGCUAUGGCCCAUACUUCCGCCCAGCCCCCGCCCCUAGCAAUAGGCAGCAAAGCAAACCCCUUCAGCGACGCCAACGCCAUCCGUGAUCCGGCCCCCGCCGUACCCAAACCUGCCACCUACGUAGCCAACAUCCGGCGUUCCCGCACCAACAGCUCCGCCGCUCACCGAACAAGCAUGCAUAGCAAUCGCGACAGCGUCGGCAGCCUAGUCUCUAUGGCGACCGCAACGACAGUCACAAAUGCGCGCAACAAAUUCCGCUCUGACCCCUUCGAUCUGGAGCGCCCAGAGCUUCUCGGAGGUGGUGACAAGACAACAGCCGUAACUACUAGCUCUCCGGCAAAGGACGUAGACAUGGACGUGCAAGAACCCAAGUACCCACCCAUGACGCGAGCCCGCAUAGACUCCUACACCUCCCGCUACUCGGAGUACUCCAACGUCAGCGCUGUCUCCAGCAUGGGCGACUGGAGUGACCCGGGCCCGGAUGUGGGCCCCGCUGCGGCACGGUCUCCCACCCAGCAGUUGAAUGAGAAUGGGAAUCGAGCCGGGUCUGUGCAGGGUGGGAAGAGAGUGGGCGGCGGCAGCCUGGGUAGUUUAGGGAGUGUUGGGAAAGCUCUGUGAUUCUGGAUCCGCUCAAUUGUAAUCUCUUGCUUUGGACCGCAACGUCUUGUUCGCUUGUACAGGCGGGUGUGUUGUACGACUUCGAAAAGAGGGGUAGUGUAGGCUACGGGCGUGGGAGUCUAAUGCUUUGCUGCAUUGCACUGAUGAAAAGAAAGAUGAAAUGUGGGAAUGAGGGAGGGGGAGAUCUAAGGAUGGAUACUUGACACUCGCUUGACUAGCCGAAGCUCUGCCAGUGCAUGAGAAUAUAAACAGUUCAUCAUCUUCGCCUUGACUGG